AUGGAGGAGAGUUUGCCGAUCGUGUCAGCAACUUCUUUUUCACAAUCUCUUUCUUGCUCUCUUUUUCUCUCCUUUUGCAUUUUUGGGGCUUUUUUUUCUGCUUUUCUUUCUUCAAUUUCUCUGUUUUCCUUCUCAUCUCUCUAUUUUCCCUUUCUUUCAAACUCACCUUUCCUUUCCAUUUCUUCCUUUCUUCCGGACUCUCCCUUCCUUCCUAUUCUUCCCUUUUCCUACCUUCCUGACUCUUUUUUUCCUUCCUUCUUUCUGUCUUUCCUUCCUUCUUUCUUUCUUUCUUUCAUAGAACCUCAUUUCUUUCUGCCUAUCUUCUCGCCUUUUCUUUCUUCCUUUCUUCUCGCCUUUUCUUUCUUCUUUUCUUCUCGUCUCUUAUUUUUUCCCUUUCUCCUUAUCUUUCCUUUCUGUCUUUCUUCUCCUCUUUUCUUCUUUCUUUCUUCUCGUUCUUUUUCUUUCCUCCUUUCUUCUCGUCUUUUCUUUCUCUUCUUUUUUUUUUCCUUUUUUUCUUUCUUUCUUCUUUUUUUUUGCCUUUCUUUUCGUCUUUUCUUUUUCUCUUCUUUUCUUUCCUCCUUUCUUCUCAUUUUUCUUUCUUCUUUUCUUCUCUUCUUUUCUUUCCUCCUUUCUUCUUCAUUUUUUCUUUCCUCCUUUCUUCUCUUCUUUCUUUCCUCUUCUCUCUUUCUUUUCAUCUUUUCUUUUCUUCUUUUUUUCUUGCCUUCUUUCUUUUCUUUCUUUCUUUCGUCUCUUCUUUCUUUUCUUUCCUCCUUUCUUCUCGUCUCUUCUUUCUUCUCUUCUUUUCUUUCCUCUUUUCUUCUCGUCUUUUCUUUCUGUCUUUCUUUUCAUCUUUUCUUUCUUCUUUUCUUCUUGCCUUUUUUUCCUUUUUUCUCGUUUUUCUUUCUACUUUUCUUCUCUCCUUUUCUUUCCUCCUUUCUUCUCGUCUCUUCUUUUCUUUCCUCCUUUCUUCUCGUCUUUUCUUUCUUCUCUUCUUUUCUUUCUUCCUUUCUUCUCGUCUUUUCUUUCUUCUUUUCUUCUCGUCUUUUCUUUCCUCCUUUCUUUUCCUCUUUUCCUUCUCCCUCUCUUGUCGUCUUUUCUCUACUCCUUUCUCUCUUCAUACUUUCUCCUCACCCUCCCUUUCCUCUUUCACACACCUAUUUCUUUUUCUCUCUUUCCCAAUAUAUCUGUGAGAAAAUUGUCCUACUUCCUUACAUUUCAUCUAUCUAUCUAUCUAUCUAUCUAUCUAUCUAUCUAUCUAUCUAUCUAUCUAUCUAUCUAUCUAUCUGUCUCAGUCUGUUCAUUAUUUAUCUAUCUAUCUAUCUAUCUAUCUAUCUCAGUCUGUUCAUUAUCUAUCUAUCUAUCUAUCUAUCUCAGUCUGUUCUUUAUCUAUCUAUCUAUCUAUCUAUCUAUCUAUCUAUCUAUCUAUCUAUCUAUCUAUCUAUCCAUCUAUCUCAGUCUGUUCAUUAUCUAUCUAUCUAUCUAUCUAUCUAUCUAUCUAUCUAUCUAUCUAUCUAUCUCUUUUCAUUAUCUAUCUAUCUAUCUAUCUAUCUAUCUAUCUCAGUCUGUUCAUUAUCUAUCUAUCUAUCUAUCUAUCUAUCUAUCUAUCUAUCUAUCUAUCUAUCUAUCUAUCUAUCUAUCUAUCUAUCUAUCUAUCUAUCUAUCUAUCUACACCCUCGUGCAAAUUAA